CAUUUAUUAGUUUGCUGAUUCUUAGAGUAGUCAGAAUUAUAUGCAUCUUAAGAUGGGGAUAACUACCGCAGCGCUGCGAUCCCAGCUAAUGGGCUUGACCAACUUCAUUGGCACACACAAGGACCAAGCGGACAAGUAUCGUCAGCUGCUGAAGAGUGUGCUGUCAAACACCGGCCCCGAAUUGAUCGAUACACUGAAGCUCUUUGUUGAGGCCAUUGUCAACGAACAUGUUAGCCUGGUCAUAGCUCGCCAGAUACUGAACGAUGUGGGCGUCGAGCUGAGCAAACUGCCCGACGAUAUGUCCAAGCAGUUGUCCCACUUCACAUUGGAGAAGGUGCAUCCACGCGUCAUUUCCUUUGAGGAGCAGGUGGCCGGCAUACGAUUCCAUUUGGCCAACAUCUACGAGCGCAAUCAACAAUGGCGAGAUGCGGCCACAGUUCUGGUUGGCAUUCCUCUGGAAACGGGUCAGAAGCAGUAUUCCGUCGAGUGUAAACUAGGUACAUACUUGAAAAUAGCUCGACUUUAUCUGGAGGACAAUGAUUCCGUGCAGGCCGAGUUGUUCAUCAAUCGUGCUUCGCUGCUGCAGGCGGAAACCAACUCUGAGGAAUUACAGGUUCUCUACAAAGUGUGCUACGCCCGCGUUCUGGAUUAUCGGCGUAAGUUCAUUGAAGCUGCCCAACGUUACAACGAACUCUCCUACCGCAAAAUAGUGGAUCAAGGUGAGCGCAUGACGGCGCUGAAGAAGGCGCUUAUCUGCACGGUUUUAGCCUCAGCCGGACAGCAGCGUUCCCGCAUGUUGGCCACACUCUUUAAGGAUGAACGCUGCCAGCAUUUACCAGCCUAUGGCAUAUUGGAGAAGAUGUAUCUGGAGCGCAUUAUUCGUCGCUCCGAACUGCAGGAGUUCGAGGCUCUGUUAAUGGAUCAUCAGAAGGCUGCCACACCCGAUGGAUCAUCCAUACUUGAUCGCGCUGUCUUUGAGCACAACUUGUUGUCCGCCAGCAAAUUGUAUAAUAAUAUUACAUUCGAGGAGCUGGGUGCAUUGCUGGACAUACCCGCUGCAAAGGCAGAGAAGAUUGCCUCACAAAUGAUAACCGAGGGACGCAUGAACGGACACAUUGAUCAAAUCUCGGGAAUCGUGCACUUCGAGAAUCGUGAACUGUUGCCCCAAUGGGAUCGUCAAAUCCAAUCACUCUGCUAUCAAGUUAAUUCCAUUAUUGAAAAGAUUGGAGUCGCCGAGCCCGAUUGGCUUGAUAACCAGAACUAACCAUCAAUUCUUAAGCCCAAUCUCUCAUUAUCUAUAUAAUUUAAUAUAAUCUUCUGUAUAUUGAUAAAUUGCAUUCAUAAUGCAGUUUUUUCUACAGUUUUUUACAUUUUAUUAACUUGUGCUGAGUUUCAUUUUGUAAAUUUCAUUUUGAAUUUAAGAAAUAAACGAUGGUCCCAUGGAUCGUGCAACAAAACAAACAAAUUUAGCUAUAUAUAGUUGUGCUGAAUGAAAAAUUCUA